AUCUGAGCUCACCAGUAAAGCCUGCAUGGCCUCCCACUCUUGUGGAGACUGGAUCUUGUGGGCCAGGAGCCUGGUGGCCAGCUGAGGUCUGCAACAUGAACAACACGUGAAAUGACUAGAAGACGUCUGCCAAGAUCUGCAGCCGGGAAAUAAACCUGUAACCAGAAACCUCCCCUUCCUAAUUAUAGAGGAGCCGCAGCUCUGCAGCGCCCUCCAGCGGCAGCUAUUGUGCGCCUCACUGAUUGUUGAGCACAACAAGGAGAAGUAUGGAGCGAGUAACGGGAUUUGGUUUAAACCAGGACCUGUUCUGUCACAAGGAGCUGGAGUGUUUGCAGCAGCGUAGGUAUCAGGAGGACGUCUGGACAUCUGGUUUAUUCUGAGGAGCUGGAUGAUGGUUUAUAAUGGAAGCAGCGACAUGGAGCAGUGAGAGGAGCUGCUGAAACUGUUCGUGGCUAAAAGCGAUGCAAAGUGGCCUUACGUGCGCUGGCACCUCAGUAUUUUUUUGACAAAGCAGCAUAAAAGAACAAAGCGCAAGUUCCUUCCUGCCUGCCGCUUCAUUUGGCCGCAGGUUUGUGCGCUGUGGUUUUCGCAGAUGCUGGCUUCCUGGAUCAGUCUCAGACCUGCCAGCUGAACUUCAUAUCUAGCUCAUACGGUGCCAUGCUGACCCGGUCCGCAUGUCAAAGCUUGGAAUGGCAUCACCAAGGGUCUUACAGGACUGGUGCCGCGUCAUGUGCGCCGACUACCCCAGUGUGGACAUCAGGAACAUGUCAGCCUCAUUCAGAGAUGGACUCGCUUUCUGUGCAAUCAUCCACAAACACCGCCCUGACUUGAUAGAUUUCAGCUCCCUCUCCAAAGAUAAUGUUUAUCAGAAUAACAAACUGGCGUUUGAGGUUGCAGAAACAAAGCUGGGGAUCCCUGCACUGCUGGAUCCACAAGACAUGGUUUCCAGCGAAGUGCCCGACUGUUUAAGCGUCGUCACCUACCUUUCUCACUACUACUACCACUUCAACAAGAAGGCUUGUGGUCCUGCCAGGUCUCCACACAAUCUCUCGAAGAGUAGAAGUUCUGAUGGUCUGAAACGCAUGAAGAACCUGACUGAUCUGGAAACCAGACGAGAAGGUCACUUUCCGAACACAAAGCCACAUAAAGUGUGUAGUUUGUGUUUCAAGCCUGUGCACCUUAUACAGAGACAUUUCGUAGAUGGAAAGGUUUACCAUCGCAGCUGUUUCAGGUGCAAAGUGUGUCACAGCACUCUUUUAGCGGACUCUUAUACACGAGGAAGUGAUACCGGCUCCUUGAUCUGCACUUACCAUACUGCAGACGGUAAAAGUGCUCACAUCAACCUCAGUCAGCGACCUGGAUCUACUGAUAAUCAGCCCGAAUCCAGGUUUCAGGAAGUUUUCUUUUCUCUGGCGGGAUUAGCUAUCACGAGCGUCCCUCAUUACACGAUAAAACCAGAGUCGCAGGUCAGACUGGUUUGUAAAACAACAGAAGCAGACGAGAAGCAACGGCAGGAGAGGAGCCGAGGGAUUAAAAGCAGAGAAGACUCAUCUGUUGGACCUCCUCGUCUUCUUCAACCCGGCGUUAAGGACAAGACGGUGCAGGGAGGUGAGCAGAGUAAACCUGCACCUACAGUAGGAGACAGGGAAGUGGAGCAGAACGUAACAGAAACCCCUGAGCUCUCAUCUUCAGAAGGCAGUCGUCCUGUUCCAGCCCCCAGGCGGAUGUUAGACUCCUCUGGUGUUCCUGUUCCUGCACCCAGGAUCAAAACAUCCCAGAAGAUGAUCAGCUCCCCAGCUGCAGCCAGUUCAUCCAACCCAAGUAAAUCUCCACCUACUUCAUCUCACAUCAGCCCUAAAGCACAAAGCAAACACCCGUGGAUGACCCUCGUUCAUCCUGGACCUUGGACUCGGCUGCCUCCAGCUCCGGCUCCUGUACCGGCUCCUCGAUCCAAAUCUGUCUCUCACCUGAGCGUGUCAUGGAAUAGACCCAAGAUGCCUGCUCCAAAUCCCUUCGAAGAGGAAGAGGAAGACACCCAGGGAGAAGCUGCUCAACAUGAAUCUGCAGACCGAACUAAGCUCUCAGUAGCCCCAGGCCAUUCAGAGAACGGUGGGAACGCAGAUGUGGAAAAUCCUGCCGUUACGUCUGAGGAGAAUGAAGCGAAACCACCCGAGAAACCCAUUCUACCGAAGAAACCAGAUUUCAGUGAGGGUGGAGGAGAUGCAGCACGUGAUUCAGAAAAGGAAAUGAGUGGAGUUGUAAACAAAGUGGAAGCUUCUAGUGAACCGCAUGGGGAUGGUUGUCAGAUUAGUUCAUCAGCUGCGACUGAAGCAGCACCGAGGAUGGAUAAUAAGAGUCAUGCUUUACCCAGAAGUCUUUCUGUGCCAUCGAUCCCAUCUCACCCGACUCCCUCAGCGCCAGCUGGGCUGAAAGAGGCAAAUGAAGGCAUCACAUCAGAGCAAAAUAAGCUCGCCUGUAAAGAAAACCCUUUCGAUCGAAAACCUGCGCUGACCAAAUCAACGACGUUUCAGGAUCUCUCCUCCAGUCGUGGUCCUGCUCCUGGACACGGUUUCCCACUCAUCAAGAGAAAAGUGCAGACAGACCAGUGUGUCUCUACAGAAGACCUCCAGGUGCAGAUGAGAGAAGUGGAUCAACAUCUGGAAGCCCUGGAGCAAAAAGGAGUGGAACUGGAGAGGAAUCUGAGGGACUGCAAGAAGGAUAAAGAGGAGGAACACAUGCUAACAGAGUGGUUCUGUCUCGUCCAUGAGCGACGUGUUCUGACGCGCCGAGACACAGAACUGGUUUAUCUAACAAAGCAGCAGAAGUUAGAGGACAGACAGGCAGAUGUGGAGUACGAGCUCCGAUGUCUCCUUAAUAAACCGGAGUGCGACUGGAGUCAGGAGGAUCGAGGUCGAGAGCAGCAGCUGAUGAAUGAGCUCGUGGCCAUCAUCGAACAGAGGAACCAGAUCAUCAGCUGCUUGGAUCAAGACAGGCAGAGGGAAAUAGAAGAAGAUCGGCUUUGGGAAGACAUGAAGAAGAAUAAAUGCGCCCAGAAGGAAGGCACUAAAGAGCUCAAGAAGUCAAAAGGAAAGUUCAAGCCCACAAAAGUGUUUAAGAUGCUGAACCAUAAAACAGAGAGCAGCAAGGACUCCCCACAGAAAAAAAGCUGAAGAGUCGCCGUUACUGCAGACUCUCUCACAGACGACGCUUUCACAUGACAAGAAUGUAAAAGUGUAUGAGAUAUUUAGUAAUGUCAUGUUGAAGCACAGAUCAGUAGCUUUCCUCAGUGUAAAUAUUAUCGAUGUACAUUUUCUCUUUCUCUGUGUCUUUACUGGCUCUACCUGCUAUGUAAUAGAUGAUUAUAUAUUUUUUAAUUUUAUUACAUUCUUGCAUUUGUUGAAGUACACAAUAAAUAUUUGUUUUGGA